AUGGUCAGCACAUUUGGCGACGCGGGGACACAAACGUCCGAGACGCAUUUUGUGAGGUGUGGUGGUCGCCUCGCUCUCGGAAAUCUGCGUAAGGUCCAUUACAUCUAUCGUCGAGUGGUUCACGACGAGAUCAGCGCCAAAAAAGCCUCGGAUCUGCUCACAGAACUCGUCGACUCGCCACCAAUCUACUCAACGUUCCAGCGAUGCACCCUGGCCUUCAUUCUCGCAGCGUUGAUAUGCCCACUCUCAUUCGGCGGAUCGUUCAUCGAUAUGUGGAUCGCAGCCAUUGCAGCCGCCUUAUUGUGUACCCUACAGCUUGUGGUAGUGUCUAAUAGCUCGUUAUAUGCUAGCGUCUUCGAUAUCACGGUGACGAUUCUCAUCUCCUUCACCACUCGGGGAUUGAGUAGCAUUGGCAAAGAGCUCUUUUGUUAUACCGCGAUCUCGUCCGCCAGCAUCGUCACAAUUCUCCCUGGGUAUCUCGUCUUGUGCAGUUCUCUCGAAAUAGCAUCUCGAACUAUGAUCUGUGGAUCUGUCCGAAUGGUCUACGCGCUUGUUUACACACUCUUUCUUGGCUUUGGUCUGCAGCUCGGCUCCGAUCUCUACCUCGUGGUCGAUCCCCUCCAAAGAGGAAAACUGGCGUCUUUUGGCUCCGCUCUCCAACGCACUGUCAUUUAUAGUUGCUACCGUCACCCUCAGUUUCCUUGGUACCUUCAGCCGUUACCGUGGUGGACACAGUUCUUGACUGUCCCACUGUUCGGGAUCUGUCUCUCGCUCGCGAACUUACAGCCGUACCGGACCAAAGAGUUUCCUGUUAUGGUCAUCAUCGCUUGCGUCUCCUACGUCACGAACAAAGCCGCUGAUCAUUACAUCUUCAAUCGGUCCGAAGUCGUAUCUGCUGUGGGCGCGUUCACGGUCGGCAUGCUAGGCAAUAUCUACUCGCGUAAAAUGGGCGGCACCGCGUUUACUUCUGUGGUUCCUGGUAUAUUGUUCUUAGUGCCAUCUGGUCUCUCGCAGGCGGGAGGCAUGACGGCCGACAAUGGUAUCGACAUCGGCAGUGCCAUGAUCAACGUCGUCAUCGGUAUUACGGUAGGCUUGUUCAUCAGCCAGACGGUUAGCUACAUGUUUGGCUCGAGGAGGAACGGUAUCACUUUAUCGUUCUAA